GGUGAUCCACAGUUACUCACCUGGCUGUUAAGGCUGACAGGAUUUCGUGGUUGUCUCCAUCCCUGAGGCUACGUGGAUGCCCUUCCUGAGAGCGCAUAUCCAGUGUCCUCUGGGGAGUAGUGGAGCGAACUUCAGGACUGACUGACCAUGACUUCUAUAAAGGAGCAGGCAGCCAUCAGCCGGCUCUUGAGUUUUUUACAGGAUUGGGACAAUGCUGGCAAAGUUGCAAGGAGUCACAUCCUCAACACUUUCAUCGAGACCAACCAAGGCAAGACCGCCCCUGAACUGGAGCAGGAGUUUUCUCAGGGAGCCAGCUUGUUCCUGAAUGACUCUCAUGUUUCUGGCUUGGGAAACUGGGCGAAUGGGGUGCCAUCAUGUGGGAAGAGAAUCCAAGAAACGAGGGAGCUGGAGUUGAUAAAUCUGGUUUGGAACAUGUUGUGUUUGAGUAAUCGGUACCUUAUAGAAUUUCUCGAGGUUGGAGGCGUCCUAACACUCUUGGAAAUACUUGGGCUGGAGAAGAUCAAGGAGGAGGACAAGAAGGAAUCCAUCAGGCUACUUCAGGUCAUUGCGAACUCUGGCAGGAAGUACAAGGAGCUCAUUUGUGAAAGCUAUGGUGUAAGAUCCAUAGCAGAAUUUUUGGCAAAGUCUAAAUCAGAAGAGACCCAAGAAGAAGUGCAGAUUCUAUUGGAUUCUUUGGUCCACGGUAAUCCCAAGUACCAGAAUCAAGUGUACAAAGGUCUAAUAGCUUUGCUGCCUUGUGCGUCCCCAAAAGCUCAGCAGCUCUCCCUGCAGACUCUCAGGACUGCACAGUCGAUCGUUGGGACCACACACCCCAGCAUUGUGGACUGCGUGCUGAAGGUACUGCGCACGAUGCACCUGGAAGUGCAGUAUGAAGCCAUCGAACUGAUCAAGGACCUGGUCAACUAUGACGUGUGUCAGGCGCUGCUCAAGGGCCUCGUGGCGCUGCUGAUACCAUCAGUCAAGGAGACCAGCAAACUGCAGCCCAAGAUCCUCAACGACUCCGCGGUUCUCCAGCUCACCGCCAACCUGCCGGUGUUCUUGCAGCAGGCCGCGGCGGCCAAGGCCAUCGGGGUCCUGGCGCGCAGCAACACGAGCAUCGCCGAGGAGAUGCUGCACCUGCGCGUGGUGCACAGCCUGAUGGCCGCCAUGGGCAACACGGACCACAGCAACAGCCAACGGCAGGCCAGCCUCACGCUGGAGUACUUCGUGCAGAUGUUCCCAGUGGUGGAGGAGCACGUGCGCAGGUCCAUGGGAGAGGAACUCUACGAGCUCUUCCUCAGCAAUGCCGAGGACUUGUACAUGAAAAUAGAUAGCAUUCAGGCGGACAUCUUGGCGGCCAACAAAGUCAAUGUUUCCAAAGCGUUAUCCAUCAGUGGCGUCUCCUACAGCAACAUGAGCUUUUACCUUGGCCCUUGUGGUGAGGAUCAACUGGCUUACACCACAUACUUCCAGAAGGAGGGUUCGGAAGGAAAGGAGUAACGGAGCCUCUGAGGCAACCCAGAAAGGCCAAGGCUGUGUUUUACCUGGCAGAAGGAGCCUAGGGUCAAGCUCAGGGUGACUCCCUCCGUUAGCCCUAGGUGGGAGGCUGGGGGGUUCAUGCCAGUAGGGGAGAGGAAGGGCUGCUGUCUGGGAAAUUUCAAUAAAUAGUCUUGCUGUC